UUUGUCUGAUACACAACUCGGCGCCUUGCACCAGUGUGACCAGAUUGUCAUUUGAAAUCGGUAGAGGAAGUUGCUCCGUUGUCCUUCCUUACAGUUUAUAUUUAUUUUUUUAAAUAGAAAAACUUUCGUUUUCCAUAUAAAAAUUUCAAUUCUUGUGUAAAAGACACCACGUUCCACAAUGCCCAAUUGUCCUAAAUGCGAUAAACCCGUUUAUUUUGCCGAAAGAUUAACAUCUUUAGGUAAAGAUUGGCACCGGGGUUGCUUACGUUGCGAAAAAUGUAACAAGACUCUAACACCCGGAUCUCACGCCGAACACGAGGGUAAACCGUACUGUAAUACACCGUGUUAUGGCGCACUUUUCGGCCCUGGAGGGUACGGACGUGGAGGCACAGAGAGUCACGUGUAUAAAAAAUAAAGAAAUAUGUAUUGUGUAAUCGUUACGUAAGGAUGAUUAUAGAAAAAUUUAAACAUUUAUUGCUGUAUUUUUUUUAUUUCUUUAAUGUUAAAUAAUGCUGUUUCUCUUUAUAUAUUUUUCAUAAAAUAAUAGAAUUUAUAUAUAUAUAUAUAUUAUUUUUCUCUAAUUUAUUGAAAUUAAAUUUCUAUAAAUGAAAUUGUAUAAGGAGUGUUGCAGUUCAAAAUAAUCCAAAUUGCUUAAUAAAAGUAUCUUUGUAUUAAGAUAAGUUUAUCAAAUAUAUUUUAAAUUCUUAGUGGCCAUAUAUUUGGUUGUGUGAGGCAACUUUCUAGGCCCCUUUCAUAUAAGUUUACCUGAUGUAAAGCUUAUAAUGGACUUCAAGAGCAGAUAUUCACACACAUGUAUCUGUGCUUGUCUGAGGCCUUGUAGAAGCAUGAGGCCCUAGGCAUAAAUCUUGCUUGUUUUUAAGUCUCCACUGUUUUAAGGAGAAAAAAAAAUUAAUAUCUUCUCUUUAAUAGUAAGCUUAAAACUUGCAUAAACAGAGGUGUUUAGUUCUAUUUUUAUAGAAUAUAUAUAAUGAAUUCUUCAUUCCAUGAACAAAUUUCAUGUUUUUAAUGAUGUUUUAUUAUGUUUCAUGUACAAUUUUUAUUAUUUUUUUUCAGUUUUCUAUUUUUUGUCUUCUAAAAUAUGUCUAUUUGUAAUAUAUUUGUCUAAUAAUUGUCAAUAUAUGUUUGUAUAUCUCUAUAUAAACUAUAACUUGAUUUAUUUUUAAUUAUUAUCCUUAAAAAUAUUUUGAAGACAAUCUGUAAAAUGAAUAUAGAGAAAUGAUCUGAUACAAAGAAAAACAUUAUAUGUAUUAUGCACAUAUUCAAAGGCAAAGCUUGUAUUAAAACUAAUGAAAAGCUUCCCAUUUGUAAAAUAUUAUAAUGUAUACUUUGACCAUUCAAAGACUAACUAACUGCCUUAAUGUUCUAAGAAUUAUUAAAACAUUUGAAAUUAUGAAUUUAUAACUUUUAUAGCAAUACAUGCCAUGCCAAAUCAUUAUGGAUCUUCAUAUAAGUGUAAAGAUUCAUUAAUUCCUAAUUGUAUUGUACUUUUAACCAGUCCAGGCCAUGAUCUUUUGUUUAAAUGAUGAUCUAUAAUCACCAUAAUUCAUUUAAUCUAGAGUUAUUGUUUUUACUAUAUGAUUAAAUCUUAAUUGUAUUGUACUUUAACCAAUCAAAAUAUGUGUAUAAAAAUGACUUUAAAAUAAAAUAUUUGUUUAA